CUGCGUUUUUAAUCACACGUGUUUCAAAAUGUCUGCCGUCUGUGUUGUUGUGUGCUGAACAGUUCAUUUACUUUUGAGCACCAAUCGUUGUUUUUUUUUAAAAUUAUUCUGACUAGUUCAAAUCGUUGAACAAAUUAUAAAAAGUGCUGCAACUAAUCACAAUGGCUCAAAGAAAGAAGAAGCUAACUAAGAAAAAGAGACAGACUGGCCACCGGGAGCCUGACGAGUCGGAUGGUGGAGAUUUCGAAGUUGCUUCUAAAAUUAGGGACGAUGAAUCUCCUGGAAGAAAGUUACCCCGGUUCCCUGGUGCUUCGUCAGAGUGUCUGUCUGAUGUUGAACCAGACACCCGGGAGCUGGUCAGAGCUCAGAACAAGAAGAAAAAGAAGUCUGGGGGCUUCCAGUCCAUGGGUCUCAGUUACCCAGUUUUUAAAGGAGUCAUGAAGAAGGGCUACAAAGUCCCUACUCCAAUCCAGAGGAAGACUAUCCCAGUGAUUCUAGAUGGCAAGGACAUGGUUGCCAUGGCAAGGACAGGCAGCGGGAAGACUGCUGCGUUCUUGGUGCCCAUGUUUGAGAAGCUGAAGGUUCCUCAGGCCCAGACGGGGGCCAGGGCUCUAAUUUUGACCCCCACCAGAGAGUUGGCGCUACAAACCAUGAAGUUCACCAAAGAGUUGGGAAAAUUCACCGGCCUUAAAACAGCUUUGAUCCUUGGUGGAGACAGAAUGGAUGAUCAGUUUGCUGCGCUUCAUGAGAACCCAGAUAUAAUUAUCGGUACCCCAGGUCGUCUGAUGCACGUUGUCAUGGAGAUGAACUUGAAGCUACAGAGCGUGGAGUACGUUGUGUUUGACGAGGCGGACAGGCUGUUUGAGAUGGGCUUUGCUGACCAGCUCCAGGAGAUCAUCCGGAGGCUCCCAGACAACAGACAGACACUGCUGUUCUCUGCCACCCUGCCCAAACUACUGGUUGAGUUUGCUAGAGCCGGGUUGACGGAGCCAGUGCUGAUUCGUCUGGACGUGGACUCCAAGCUGAGUGAGCUGCUGAAGCUGUCGUUCUUCCACCUGAGGAUGGAUGAUAAGCCGGCUCUGCUGCUCCACCUGCUGAGGAACGUGGCGAAGCCACAGGAGCAGACGGUGGUAUUUGUUGCCACCAAACACCAUGUCGAGUACCUCAAAGAGCUGCUGUCCUCUGAGGGCGUGGAGUGUGCCUACAUCUACAGUGCCCUGGACCAGACUGCCAGGAAGAUCAACAUUGGUAAAUUUGUCCACCGCAAGGCCAUGGUGUUGAUUGUGACAGACGUGGCUGCUCGCGGUAUAGACAUCCCCCUACUGGACAACGUCAUCAACUACAACUUCCCCUCCAAGGCCAAGCUCUUCCUGCACAGAGUCGGUCGAGUGGCACGCGCAGGCCGCGGUGGAGCAGCCUAUAGCCUCGUGUGUACAGAUGAGAUACCUUUUGUCUAUGACCUCCAUCUCUUCCUGGGGAGACCCCUUCAGCUGGCUACACCUGACCACCAACAAGAGUCAGACGGUGUGUUUGGUCGUGUUCCCCAGAGCAUCCUGGAUGAUGAGGAAUCCCAGCUGGUCACGGCCCAUGAGAACUCUCAUGACCUGCAGAACCUGCGCCGCAUAGCGGACAACGCCUACAAGCAGUACAUCAAGUCCCGGCCCAUGCCCUCGCCAGAGUCCUUUAAACGGGUCAAGAACACAGAGCUCCCCAGCAUGGCUGUCCACCCACUGUUAGGGUCAGGCUUGGAGAAAAUGGAACUGGAACGCCUUCAAAUGGUGGACUGCAUUAAGGGCUACAAGGCUAGAGCUACGAUCUUUGAGAUCAACUCGAACAGCAAGACCAAUGCCAGCGUGGUGAUGCGAGCCAAGCGCUCCAGGGACACACGGCUGGUGGAUAUGUUCACACAGAAGAAGGAGGUUCUGGCUGCAGAGGGCAGGUAUCAUGUUCCUGUCACUCCUCUGCCCUCCACUCACCACACAGCAGACCAGGAGGACAGUGAAGAGGAGGACUUUCAGGGUGUGUUCUCUGAGGUGGUGGGGGGGAAGAGGAGGAAGCCACAGGAGGAUGGCGAUAUGGAGAGGCCAGACAGCAAGAAGACCAAACAGACUGGCCGCGAUGAGGAGAACUACAUCCCUUACAGACCCAAGGACUUCAACUCUGAGAGAGGACUGAGCCUGGGAAAAGAGGGCACAACGUUUGAGCAGCAGGCUUCUACUGCUGUACUGGACCUGAUGGGAGACGAAGGAGAAAGACUCAACCAGCACAAACACAUGAUGAAGUGGGAUCGCAAGAGAAAGCGCUUCGUCAAAGAAACUGGAAAGGAGGCAGACCAGAAGAAGAAGAAGAGGACGGAGAGCGGACAGAUGAUCAACAACAAGAACAAGAAGAACUUCUAUGAGGAGUGGAAGAAGAAGUACAAGGUGGACGACGGAGGGGGUGGAGAUUCGGAUGGAGAGACCGGAGGUGGAGGCAGAGGAAGGAGGGGUGGAGGAGGAGGCCGAGGCCGGCCUGGCCGGGGCCGAGGUGGCCCAUCCAGGGGCCCCAACUCCCAGCCCCUGGGGCCCCCUGGGCAGCAGAGGGAUGGUGGCUCCCGGGGCCCGCGCUCGGAGCUGAAGACCCGGGACCAGAUCCUGAAGCAGCGCAGGAAGACAGAGAAACAGAGGUUCCUGCAGAGUGGAGGCUUGAAGAAGCUCCGGGGCAAGGGCAAGCAGCGCCUCAACGACCAGAAGAAGUCUGGCUUUGGCCGUGGUGUCCACAAGAAGGGCAAGAUGAAGAAGAGACUGUGAGGGGGCGAGGAGUAGAUGAGGUGUGGAGGCUGUAGUGAGAUAUGGAAGGAUUGGCGGAGAGGUGACAACGGGAAGAGACUGAGAGAGGGUGCGAGGAGUAGAUGAGGUGUGGAGGCUGUAGUGAGAUAUGGAAGGAUUGGCAGAGAGGUGACAACGGGUGGAGGCUUUUUUUUAAACCUCCAUUAGAGGGUUAUGGAGAAACUCCAAUGGUGGAUCUCAAUAGCCUAAAGUUGCUUUCCUCUCAUGACUCUUCUCCUCGGUCAGUGCAGAUGUAGGAAGAGAGAAAAGCAGAGGAAGCCAUUUUAGACUUGAGAUGCACCCUAACCUAAAAGGUUCUUGCAGAGCUCCGUGUAUGACACCGCAGUGUGGUGCCAAGAUAAGAUCCCCAUCCGUGUCCACAUAUUUUAUGUGCCUCUAGCCUUAAUGCAGAGAUUGUGCAUGACGGGGCUAGAGCAAGCGAAACCUGUAUUUUACAGAUAUAUUUGCUUCAUAACCUAUCCAGAUGGAUUGCUCUCUUAAUAUGGUAUUUGUUUGUGUAUUAAUUCAGAGCUAAUACAAAUGUGUUUGUUGUCAUA